UUAAAAUCAGGAUUAAUACUAAUACACAUACUUGUCAGGACACUACAAUAAUUUCCCUGAAUUCAAUCUAUCAACCCAUUAAUAAUGGAGUAAUGGGGCUAUUUUGAGGUGACAGGCCAAUAGAUCAAAUCACUCAUUGUAAUAGACACUGGGGUACUGUAUAGGCCUGCAAUUGAGGGGUAACUGUAAUGUUAUUUAAUUAAAAUAAGAUGAUUUUAAACCCUUAAAAACCUUUUUAAACCAUUGAAUAUACUGUAUCACAAUCCACUUAAUUUACCCCAUACCCGAUGAAAAGUGCUUCCCUAAACAAUACUGAAUUUCUACCUGAAGCACCAAUGUAAAUCUAUCCCCAAUUUAAUAACAUCCCCAAUUUAAUGUGCCACUUUUGGCACAUAUCUUGAAAUUAAUGUGUUCAUCAAAGAAGUUUCUAUGAACUCUUGUUGAUGACUUUUGAAAUUAAAAGUGUUUUAGGUGUAUUUUCAAGGAUAAGGAAUGAUAGCUGCCAAUCGUGAAAUCAUAGCUCAUUUUUUUUAAAGAACAGUGUUUUUAAAGAUAAAUAUUACAGUGGGAUCGGACCUCAACAUGUCGGAGACAGACCUUUUGAAUUCACAGCCGGACUGUGACCAUGGAGAAUAAAAAACGGCGAGCGGUACGUCGUCCUGACGCGGAUUUGUCAUCCGUGGAUCGUGGUUUGGGUGAGGAUAUCACAUCACAAACAGACGACUGCUCCUAUUACAUCACAUGGACAGUUUUCAUCGCCCUCGCUGUUCCAAGAGCGGAAGACGCUGAUGUCCCGGCAGCUCCUGAAAGGCCCAAGAAGAAAAAAGACUUGUCUACUGGUUUGGUGAAAGCACAUAAAGCUCAGAGUUGCUAUCAUGUUGAGUACAAGUUGUUGCCAGGUGACACGGAGACGGUCAAAGUGGACUUACUCGUGUUUGGGCCAGUGGCAAAAAUGUACACCGACGAUGAGUUCAAGAUUGUGAAAACGUGGCAAGAAGGAGACCAGACAUGGUGCGGUUGGACCCACAGUUCUAACGUCAGAGUCAACAGGGACACGUUGAUCCGUCUCCCUGCUCAUCAGAUCAGGCUGAGGAUAUGGAACAGUAAGGACAGGCUGUCCAGCAGGGCCCGCUAUGAAAGACCGAAAGCCUUCAGGUGGGCACAGGAUCGGCCUGAGGAUGCAACAGACGCACGUGGUGAUGACGUCAAGACCAUGGUAGCCAAGCUGAGAGUCUUAUGUGAGACGAGGUCAAACUCAUCUAAAAAACAGAAAUGCUAUAUCAUGUUUGAUUCCGAUUCGAAUGCAGACUCAGAAGCAGACAAGAACUUGGCUCCUCAAGAGACAACAGGUUUUCAAAAACCCAAAACUGAUGCUUGUGACCUUGGGGACAUGAAAAAUAUCAGCUCCACAUCAGUUGAAGUCAGUCCCAUUCAUUUUCUGGCAGGUGAGACGUCAGUGACUGAACUCUUCCCUGUCUGCUCAUCGGGUGUAAUUGAGGUCAUGUGCAACAUUUCUCUGGACCGACCUCUAAUAUCUGACCAACUGAAAGCUGAACUCAAUCCACUGGUCAUCAGGAUUUUGUCAGCCAACUCCAUGCCUUCAACCCCGGUCCCUCUCCAUGUGCUACAGGAAAAAUGCAUGCCAGUCUAUUGCCAGUACAAGUGCCACACCUUGAGCACGCACAGAACAAACUAUCACGAGCACGGCACCAACGUCUACUUCCAAGACGUGAACGUGAUCCUGACUGGCCUGAUGAGUCCCCGCGAGCUGCAAGACUUCCUCACCAGUCCGCCUCUGCAGAUAGAGGUGCACGAUCGUGACCGGAAGUCGGAGGAAACACCGAAAACUCCAGCAAUGUGUGGUGUGGGGUCGGAUGAUGACAUGCAGAGCAACGCGUCAGCCUUCAAACAUGAAACGAUAGGUUUUAACUCCCACGGCAUUGCAAGCCUAAACCUGUCCGAGCUGCUGCUUGGGCAGAAAAGUCUAACGGUGGACCUGCCAAUCAAAUGUGGCCCUCCGCCUCCGAAGACGGCCAGGGAGAAAAGUGCAACGAAAAGGAAGAUGGCGGACACAGGUCAUAGCAGAGAUCCCAUGCCACAGGGCCAUUACUACGAUGCAAAUUCUAAGCUCAAAGUCAAAGUUGAGAUAGCCUGCCCACUGAAUGUCAAGGAUGACGGCAGUAGGUUCUACGACGGUCCAUUUGGGCGCCUCGUCUACCUCUUUGAUUACAACAACUUCUCUGUCAUGACCAAGCUGAGAUCAGAGAUCCUCAGAAUCAAUGCAUCCGCCUUCCGUCUGGGCUCACACUCAUUGGAACAUAUAGACAGGGUUCUAUCAAAUAACAAACGCCUAAUGAAUUUCCAGCAGGAUGAGAGCACUGAUCUGGACUUCGUUACAGGGUUCCAUGUGCUAGAUAAGAGGACGCACAUCUUUGUUCUUGAAGGGCUGAAACAUAAAGCAGUGAGGCGACUCUGGGAGGCGGUUCCCAUGAAGUUAAGUGGGAGUGAGGAAGAGCAGGUGAUUGCCCUCUACAAUUCCAACCUGGGUUUCUUCAAGCGCAUCUACGACUCAUUAGAUGUGAGUUUGAGUCCCAUCCAUCUACUUGCGUCACUGCAGAGCAUCAUGAGUCAGCCCCUGGUCUACGUCAGAGGCAUUAUACCCCAACCCUGCUUCCAGGCUUUGUCAAGGUUAAACCAGCUGUGUCAAGUUAGGCAACUCAAAGAUGUGGUGCAGUACAACCUCUUCCCCUCAGCCGACAUGAUUGUCAGCAUGAGCAAGGAAUAUGGCACAUCUGGUGCGCAGUGGGAGCAAAAAAAAGCCGGAGCAGACACUGAGCGGGACGUCCCCACUCUGCCCGUCAGGAUGAAAAGACACGCGCCGCUCGACACCGACAACUGGGAAUACAUCAGAUGGAAAGACAACUUCCAGCAGAUGCCGUGUCAACACCUCAAGGACUUCGUCCAGGACAAUAUCCAGAAGGUGCAAGACCAGAGCGAGCAGCUGCAGAGGCCAAAGGCUGCAACGUUAGGGAUGGAUCAGGCUGCAACCAGGCCGGCACACAACUACAGCAUCCAGACCUUUAACUCCAAUCAGCAGGCCAGGGAGCUGCUCCACAAAGAGAUGGCAAAGGCGCCCGGACGGAGGUUCACCUACAGUCAGCAGUACCACAGUGCAACGGUGGAGCUUGGAGACAGGACACCUAAGAAUUACUCCAGGUCCGCGGUUGCCUCCAUGGUUUGGAACAAAGUUCUGAGCAGUGACAGGUCCAGGGUGUACCCCAGACACCCGGAUGAGGCUCGUGCGGAAGAGCUGAGGAAGCCGUGGAGAGAGAACAUCCUUCAUGCCAACACACUGGAGCCCACCCUUUUACGGAACCCGUGGGUCUGGAACCAGCGCCAUCAGGACUUUCAGCUCUACAGAAAACCUCACCCUUUCUUCAGCCCGUCUCCUGUCACCAUUCACCUGGCUGGAGAGACUCUGCGGGAGGAGCAGCUCGAGGCAGCCAGAGCUCAGUACCGUCGCUGGCUCAGCAAGCUGCUUCCUGGCGGCAGCGCCGACCGACCAGACAGCGGGCCCGUCCCGGAAUUCAAGUGUCACAUGGGAGGAAGCUCGGAGACGUUUCAGGAUAUACUGAAAGAUGAACCCGAGAAGUAUUCACUGAGGACACCAGGCCUGAUGCUGCAGCCUUUGCCUCAACUGUCUGUGAUGAACUGGGCUGACGACACAGCGGAGGCUCAGGCUCUGGCUCCGGGCCCCUGCUUGGACUGCGGCCUCCGCAGCAAAAACAACGCCAUCCCCAGACACGCCUCUCUUUCCAACAAGGACCAACGCAUUGGAUUCAGUGAGCAGCGUUCCUUCCGUUACAAGCGGACUGCCCUGCCUCUGACAGACGAAGAGAAGAGCAUCUUCACCUUUCAAAAGCGUGAACCGGACAAGGAGACGCGCACAUCAGUCGCCCAGCCUCUCAGGAAUACAUCCGAAGAAGGAACCCACAAAAACUGGACCUUGUAAACCAAAUGGGCUCAUUAGCAUGAAAACUACUGUCUUGUACAAUAAGUCACUGUCGCUUUAAAAUGAAAGAGCAUGUCAGACAGAACUUAAUAAAAUGCCACCAGAGAGGA